UUCACUUAAUGCGUUACGUGACCCUGAGUCACGUGAUGGCGGAGUUACUGCCGUUCUUUGCGUCCACAUAUAUUUGAAUUCAGGGUUUUAACCACUGUUUUAAUGUCCAUGGCCUAACUGGAUUGCCUCUCCUCUCAAUUAAAACUGGAUUUCGUGGUUCUGUCAUAUGCUUAUGAAUGAGUUCUUGUGUACGAUAGAUGUAUCCACGACUUCUGUUAGUAAUACUCUUCCUCUGUGUUGUUACAAAAAUUUCUUCCUCAUCCAGUGGUGAUGGGUGCUUUGGACUUUCUGAAAGGCUCAAAUGGAACAGAACGUUCAGUUAUAAUAAUAAGGUGUUGACAUUCAAACUGGAAGUCACCGAUAAUCCGGAACAUUGGAUUAUAAACUAUUUGUUUGAGAUUUUGGCUCGAGAACGACUGGGUUACACAAAAAUUGAGUUUGUACGGACCGAUGAUAGAGACAUUGGAAAGACUCUUAAGAGAUUGCAGUGUCCAGAUUCUCAAUGCAUCCAACUACCUGAAAUACACCUCAACUUAAUGCUAUGGUUGCCACUUGGUGGGGACGUUAAGUUCUGGACUCAGCCUUCAUCUAUCACUGAUCAUGGACCUCUUGGACCUAUCCGUCCCUGGAGACUGUUCACGCAAUCAUGUUACAGUAAAUCACAUCGCAAAGGAAUUUCGGAAUAUGCUUCUUCCUUCAAGUAUAAUUGCAAUUCAUUUGACCAAGACCAUCAAAGAAAAACUACACAGAAUUCAAAUGUAUUCCACAAUCAUACAAUACUCUCUGAGAGGUCUAUCACUGUUUUAGAUUUUGAACUGAAUUCUACAUGUCUACGAUAUAAUUCGCAUAGUGUUCCUCCACCUCCAUUAUGCCGUGCUGAUACACAAUCUACCUCAACAAAUGAUGAAUAUUGUCAUACAGAAGCCUAUCAGGCUGUUAAGGUGACUUGGACAAAACUACAGACUGCGACUCCACAAAUCUUCCAGCUUGCAUCAAAAAUUUAUAUGUCACACGAUGACCUGAUAGAAUUAGUUCACUCAGCUAUACUUGAUUCAAGUACACCUCGUCAAUCAGUAUAUAAACAAGUUGCAUGUCGUUGGCUUCGUCAAAAUCCAACUAAAUGGAAAAGUUGGACAAUUGACUGGGAUAAAAAACUGAAUUUAACUGUGGCAGGUUUGUUCAGUAUGUAUGGAAAAUGGGUGCUGUAUGGCCUUGAUCGAGUGGCUCAAGAAGCUAUGAAUUUUGUCAAUGCUGAUUCAGAUUACUUUCGUAAUUCUGAAUAUGCGUUAAGUUUGGAUGUACGCAAUUUAACAUGUGAACCGGAUAUUGUUUUAAGUGAUUAUUUUAAAGUCUUAGAGGAUGCAGUAAACAACCGUCUUAUAGGUUCAAUUGCUGCUUUAUGCUCAGAUUCAAUAGAAGCUGUGGUAGAAUUAGCAAAUAUCCGAAAACAGAUUAUUGUCAGUCCAACUGUGGGUAGUGCACGUUUUCUGGAACAACAACCAUACCACUAUUUUUUCCGUACAGUACCGUCAAUGACCUUAGCUAACUUUAUAUUACUUCGAUUAUUUCUAAUAUGGGGCUGGCAUCGAAUUGUCGUAUUUCGUAAAUCUGACCAUUUUUUCGAACCUUUACUAUUUCAAGCAAAAGGAAUAGAAAUUAUAGCUAACAUUGAAAUGGAUGAACAACAGUUAACUUAUAAGUUGGCGAAAGAUACAUUAGAAGAACUGAAACAACAAAACAGUCGUAUAUUUGUUGUUGAAUAUGAUGCACGUGGUACCUAUUUAAUACUCUGUGCAGCUUAUCAUCAAGGUAUGCAUUUCUCGGCUGGUUAUGUUUGGUUUUUAAAUCCAUGGCUUUCUGAUCAAUGGUGGUCGGGAUUGGUUGAUCGUAAUUCUGAAUGUACUUUUAAUGAGAUGCUUAAUAUUACUUCAUGGACGUUUACUGUUGGACAUCAGUUGUUAAUUGGUCCUAUGGUUCACAGUUUUAUACCACGUACAAGUGAAUUUAUGGACGCUGAUCCAAAAUCUGGAAAUAAUACAAAUGCUACUAUGAAUCGGACAUCUAUACCUGAACAACUCCAACGUAGACGUCGUCAUGUUACUGUUCAAUCACAAGCUUUAGGAGAAUUGCCUGUUUUAUCCAGAACAAAACAUCAUCCUAAAUCAAAUGAUGAUGGGAAAACUUCAUUCAAUGAUCAUUCAAAACGCAGAUUAGUUAAAGAUCCUUUACAUGAUUAUACAGUAUACACAUAUGAUGCUGUGAUCUUAUUGGCCAGUGCUGUUGUUCAUCUCUUAAGAGAAAAUCCUGCUGCUGCAUCUGCUCUCAAUCAUCCAGAGGUGUCUGAAACUCUCAGAUCUCUUGUUGCUAGAACUAAUUUUGGUUAUCGUUUUCAAACUGGUGAUUCGACUACAGGCCAAUCGAAUGAAGUUGAUGGACUUGUUGCAGGUAUUAAUGAUGAUAAUUUUGGUGUAGAUGCUGGUUUUCAGUUGGCCGGUGAUUAUUAUGGUAUCCGUAGUCAAAGUCCUGCAUCAGCAUCGAAUUUACGAUUUAAUGAUCAUAAUGAAAGAAUUGCAGAUUAUUGGUUGUUAAAACAAAGACAUUUUAAUACUACUGUACCGAUUAUUAUGUGGUCAACUAAAAGUUAUGAGGAGACUCAAGAACAAGAUCAACAGCCACAGCAACAAAAUUCUCAAUCUUACGAUCCAUUCAGUCAUAUACUCACAUCUGAUAAUAUGUCAAAUAAAUAUGAUUGGAAAACAACUAAUGCUCCAUUUCUUUAUGAUGAAUUCCAGAAACGAAUGACUGAACGUUGGUUAGAUCAUGUGAAUUGGCACACUUUAGGCGGUCCACCAAAUGAUGGUUCAAUUAACGAAGAGAAUUGUACAUUAGCAUUUCUUAGUAAUCAACUACGUAUGGGUUGUACCGGUGCUACUGUCUUUGUUACUGUUACCGUUACUGUACUAGUUCUUUUCCCGUUAAUUGUGUUCGCUCAUUUUUACUAUCGGCGUAAAUUGAAAGAGAUUGAAAAGCGUACACGAAAACCAUUUGAAGAAUUGUGUGCUGAAUUGGCUGACUUAGAUAUGCCUGCGGAAAAUAUUGUACUUAAUCGUCGAGUUGGUCAAGGUGCAUUUGGUUUAGUAUUCGGCGGUGAAGCGAAGAAGAAUGAUUUAUGGGAGGCAGUUGCUGUAAAAGUGAUAAAUGAAAAAGCAACUUAUGAAGGAAAAAUUGAUUUUCUGUCUGAAGCAAAAUUGAUGCGUUCGUUGAAUCAUCCAAAUGUAGUUCGUUUGAUUGGUAUUUCAUUAAAUCCAAAAGCUAAUUUAUACUUGAUAAUGGAGCUUAUGCUACUCGGUGAUCUGAAGACAUAUUUACUAUCGCGUCGAAUUUUAGCACAAAGAUCACCAAAUCAUGAAGAUAUACGUCCAUCAACACUUACUCAAAUGAGUUUAGAUAUUGGUCAAGGUGUAGCCUACCUUCAUAGUAAACAUUUAAUUCAUCGAGAUAUUGCAUGUCGAAAUUGUCUAGUCAGUGCAGAUCGUACUGUUAAAAUUGGUGAUUUCGGUUUGACUAGACAAGCGGCCAAGAAUAGUUCUGAAGUUUAUUAUCGGUUUACAAGGAAUUGUGAACUGCCUAUUCGUUGGAUGUCACCUGAAGCUGUUCAAUUUGGUGUAUUCAGCAUUCAAUCAGAUAUUUGGUCGUUUGGCAUAACUUUAUAUGAGAUCAUUACUUUCGGUGUAUUCCCUUAUAAUGGUUUAGGUGACGUUGAAGUAGUUGAACGUGUGAAACGUAUGGAAUUCAGUAUAACUGAAUUUUUACCAUCUCAAGCAUUGAAUACUGUUGUGUGUGAAUUAAUUAACCACUGCUGUAGACACCAAUGGCAACAUCGACCGUCAUCAAUGAAUCAGGUGUUAGAAAUAUUAAAAGCUUAUCCCGAGUGUAUUCGACCUUUUCUAACAGAUGAACCACCUAAACCAAACACAACAAUAGACGCAUUACCUUUCCAACCAAAUGUAGGUACUUGUAUAAUAUCGGAAUCUACAUUGACUGGUCUUGCUGUAGUUGACAGUGUUAGUGGUAGUGGUUUUCGUACAAUGCGUAGUGCUUCAGCUGCAGCCGUACCAAUAUCCUCCUAUACACCUUCACCUAUCCCAUUAAGUCUUCCCGAUGCCAACAGUGAUAAAUUUUAUGGUCAUGAAAAACGUUUUAGUGAACAAGCAAAUCUUCACGGUAAUACACUAUUCCAACCACGAUCAACUUUUGACUGGCCUGGAAACUACUCAUCUCAUUUAUGUACAGAGAAUUUAUCAAAUUCAAAAUUGGCUUCAUAUGAGUCUUAUCAACUUCCAGUAUUUCCUGAAAAACACUCAUUAUAUCCAUUAUCAAAAAAUGAAAGUAAAGAAUGUGUUAAACCAUUUAGUGGGAUAGGAUUUGAAGAAUCUACAAAACUAGCUGUGACAGCUGAUCAUAUUACUACUCAUAAUAAUAAUGGUGAUAAUAAUAAUACUGAUAAUAUGUGUAGUAAUGUUUUAUUCAACCUAUCAACAAGUCCUGUUUCCACUACUCCAAGUUAUCAGUCAGUUGAUGAGAAUACUCAUUUAAUAGGUAAAUCAUCUAAAUAUAGUGAUCAGUGUUCGUAUGCAUCUGGGAAUACUGUAAGCUGUAGAAAACAGAAGCGGUCGAAUGUAUUUCUAAUCAACACGAAAUCAAUAAUUCCAGAUGAACUAAGUAGUUUACUAUCUGAUAAUCAACUUCAGUAAGUUCAAGUUUUUUUUUAUUAAUUUAUUUCCUUCUUCUGUGUACCCUUACUAUUGAACGGUUAAAAGUUGGUUAUACAGAGAGAAAGGAUUACUCAGUUAACUUUUAUUUUGAACACUGUUGUUGGUUUUACCGUAUCCAGAUUAUCGUUUUGGAAUUUGUGAAAUUCGUGAUAUCUCUUUCCAGCGUUUACUUGUUUGUUUUGUCAUCUUUUGAGUUGAAUUUUAUCACAUCAAUUGUUACAUUUUAAGCUGUCGAAAGGGGUACAGUCGCCAUUUAGCCUUAACACUCAAAAAAAAAAAAUAGAAAAUAUCAGCUUUCGGUUCGACAUUAUUUCUCAGUAACUGUAUGUAUAAUAACUACAUAUACUUACUUGAAGGAUUGCUUUGUACGGAAACACCUAACAUUGGUUAUAUGCUAAAACACACGGCCCUAUCUGUCCUAUGUCAUAGUCACCUUUGAUUAUCUAUCCUACAGUAGAAUACUAUAGCAUUUUCUGUAAUCUUAGCUUUAUACGAGAGUUACAAUGAAAACACCUUAUAAUGAAUGUAUUGGUUUAGUAUUUAGUGAAGUUGGCAAGCAUAUCUACCUUCUUGACUGCUUGGAUCAAUAUCUGGCAUGGACAAUUUGCAAUUGAAACCGUUUUAUUAGAGUUAUAGUGUGUAAUAAUGAUAGUAAUAGCUUUGUUCUGGAAAAUGUUUUUACACAGUACAGAAUUUUCAGAUUUUUUAUUGUAGGGAAAUUACUCCUUGUGCAGAAUCUUCAAGUAAUAUGACAAACGAUAAUAUAGGAACUUUGAAGUGAUAUUGUUCUAUUGGAGACAGACUCGAAUAAUCCACUAGGGUUUCUAUUCCAUUUCCAUCAAAAAAUUAGCAGCGAUAUUUGAAAAUAUGCCUGAGUAUACUUUGCUCUUUUCAGGCAUAAUUCUAUGAUAAAACAAUAUGAAAUGGAGUGAACACAAUGCAUUCAAGCGGAUAGAAACUUUUGCUGACCAGUGAUGAUUUAAGCAGUUUAUAUGUGUUCUAAAGUGCAACGAAUAUGGCCAACAUUCAUGGUGGUCUGCAAACUUCGUAUCUUUUCGCCUAUGUUUUGUUAAUUUUCUUGAACUCUUUGUUUUAUAAUCGCUUAAUUUUCUAUUUUACCAGGUCAUCUUCAGAUGCCACUUCAGGGACAUAUACUAGGGAUUCGGAAAGAUCAUGCAUUUUAUCAUCUGAUGGUGGAUGUUUAGAUGAACAAUUUCCUCCGGUUCCCAUGAAAGAAUCUCACAUACCAGUUGAUUCACAGGAAUCUAGAACUCCAAUUAACGAUCAACAAAGUCGUCAUCUUAAUCGACCUACUCGUUCCUUAACUAAUGUAACCUCUUUACAUUCUGACUGGCGGUGUUUGCAUAAUCUUGCUUAUUCUAAGCACUGUAUUUCGGCUGGUAAUAUUAAUCUGAUUUGUACACAAACCGGUAUGCAUACUGUCAGUUCAAUUCCAUCUUCUAGUCUUUUUGACCCUUGUACACAUUCCUUUUUUUCCAGUAAUAAUAUAACCUAGAUAGGUCACGUUUAUCAUUGUUUACUUACUGUGAUACUUUCAGUUUAUUUGUAGACAACCUUUUGUACUGUUCUGUGUGUGCGUGUGUAUGUAUGUAUGUAUGCCUGAGAAUGACUUUCCACAAUACUUAUUCAUUCCUGGUUUAUAUAUAUAUAUUAUAUAUAUAUAUAUAUAUCAGUUAUCCUAAAUUUGCCGCAUUGCUCACAAGUUUCAAUUCUUUUAUUGGGAUCUUGUUAUUUCUUUCUUGUUUUGUUCUUCAAUAUUAUUAAUUCACUGCACAACUGAAUAUGUAAUAUUGUCAUCCUGUAAAUACUUUUGCUAACCUAGUCAUAUCAUAUAAGUGCAUAUUCUGUGUGUGUGUCUUUACCCUAUAAUAUGUACUAGCUUGAUAUAAUGCUUCAGUAUGUGUAAAUCUUUGCAUGUGGGAGGCUUGAAUGCGAUUGUAAUAUACCGCCUUUAUCUUAAUGUUAUGACAUACUGCACUCAGUUUAAUAAAUAUUUGAUGCAGUAACUUUGCUAUUAUACACAUUUUAACUGCUUUUUUGUUUUCUGCUAAACAUAAUGUUGGAACAAUGGACUUCCACAAAUUGUGUGUGUGUGCAAUAUUUGUCUACUUCUCAACCACUACGCCUAAGAAUUUAGAGUAGUGUUUGUGCGUUUAAGGUUGUAAUAUGUAUGUUCUUGUAUAUUUCUUUUAUUUUUCUUUUCAUUAGUAAUCAACAGUGAUAUGUUUGUUAGGUAUUUCAUGUGCUACCGCAUGGUAUAUUUUGUGCUGAUUUUGUCG